AUGACCAUCCAGCAAAUAGUCCUCCAGGGCCCAGGGCCAUGGGGCUUCUGCCUCGUUGGGGACAAGGACUUCGAGCAGCCUCUUGCCAUUUCCCAGGUCACUCCUAGAAGCAAGGCUGCUAUAGCUAAUUUGUAUAUUGGAGAUACAAUCAUAGCCAUCAAUGGGGAAAACACCAGUAAUAUGACGCACUUGGAAGCUCAGAACAAAAUCAAGGGCUGUGUAGACAACACGACUCUCACAGUAUCCAGAUCUGAAAAUAAAGUCUGGUCUCUAGUGACAGAGGAAGAGAAAUGUCAUCCGUACAAGAUGAAUUUAGCCCCUGAGCCACAAGAAGUCCAACACAUAGGAAGCGCCCACAACCAGAGUGCCAUGCCCUUCACUGUCUCGCCUGCCUCCAGCUCUGGCGCCAGGAUCAUCACAAACCAGUACAACCACCCCUCCGGCCUCUACUCUUCUGAAAACAUUUCCAACUUCAACAGUGCCUUGGAGUCAAAGACGAUGGCCAGUGGGCCAGAGACAAAUGGCAGAGUCUUAGAGCAUUUUCAGUCUCCAAGUGGACUGGUUAUCGACAAAGAAUCUGAAGUUUACAAGAUGCUUCAGGAGAAGCAGGAAUUAAAUGAGCCCCCAAAACAGUCCACUUCAUUCCUGGUUUUUCAGGAAAUCCUGGAAUCUGAGGAGAAAGGGGAUCCCAACAAGCCCUCGGGAUUUAGGAGUGUUAAGGCUCCGGUCACCAAAGUGGCCGCAUCAAUUGGAAAUGCUCAGAAGCUGCCCAUGUGUGACAAAUGUGGCACCAGCAUUGUUGGUGUGUUUGUGAAGCUGCGGAACCAUUACCGCCACCCCGAGUGCUAUGUAUGCACCGACUGUGGUACAAACCUGAAACAGAAGGGCCAUUUCUUUGUGGAAGAUCAGAUCUACUGUGAAAAGCACACCCGAGAGUGGGUCACCCCACCUGAAGGCUACGACGUGGUCACUGUGUUCCCCAAGUGA